ACACUAAACGCACGAAGUGUUGCCCUGUUUGUUUUGAGUACUCGUGGUUGUCUACCGUUAUGGUCAAUGCUCCCGAACGACCUUGUCGCACUGCGACUGUUUACGACACGUGACCCAAUUCUGGCCAAUCAGCGCUCCCGAGACGCUUCUUCCCUUCGGUUCCGCCGUUUCGAUCGCGUCUGCCGCCUCGGGUCCUCGGAGCAGACGACGUUGAGCCACAGCUCGGAGCAGACGUCUUUGGGUUCUUGAAUCGCCGUCGGUAUUCUCGAAGGCUAUAGCCGAAAGGUACGGAAGUUCGCAAGCUGCGAUCGAGAGCAGCCACCCGCAGAAAAAAAACCAGCUGCGGCUAGCAGACGACCUUUUUCCUUUCUGAAGCAGACGACGCGCGACUGGACGAAAACAACAAGAUGGCGCUGUUCCCGCUGCUGCAACGCAACCUGUUGGGCAGUUCGGACAUGGCGCGACACCUCUUCGAUGACGAAUUCGGAGGCUCUUUCCUGGACGGCGAGCUUUUCGACCCACCGUUCUACCACCAGAGGUUCUACAUCCAACCCCGGCACCAUGAGUCGGUCCUUAACAGCGUCCGUCCUUCACAGCAGGGCGCCUCGGUCGCCUGCACUCCGGACAAGUUCGCCAUUCGCGUGGACACCCGGCACUUCGCUCCCGAAGAGAUUAGCGUCAAGACGCAGGACAACUGCGUCAUCAUCCACGGCAAGCACGAGGAGAAGUCGGACGACCGCGGCUGCUACGUGAAGCGCGAGUUCACCCGCCGCUACGUCCUCCCCGAAGACGUCGACCCCCAGACCGUCAAGUGUCACCUGACCCCGGGAGGCCUCCUGGCGCUCGAGGCUCCGCGCAAGAACGUCAAGAAGGAGGAGCCCAAGACGAUCGCCAUUGACGUUAAACACGAGGGCAAGAAGGCCUAAGAGAAGCAGAUGAAGUUAUACAAUAGCUCUAUGAUGUCUGUUGGUCUCUAUAGUGUACUGGUCUCUGUGAAAGACACAGGUUCAAGAACUCGCUCCGUGACAGAUGAUCUAGCCAUCCGUAUCUCAUUCGCUAACCGGAAGGAUCCCAUAGAACUGGUUAGGCUUAUAGAAUCUAUCCCAUGCUGUUAACGCGGUUUAUUUAUUUACUAGUGUGCUGGUGGUGCAGACAUAUACUGAACUGGCGGAGUUUUCCCGUAUCUCUCGUCCAAAAUAGCGAUUAACUUAGUUCUAGAUGAAGUUAAGAAGGCUUACGUAAGAGAGCUCACUCUGUGAGAUGAAGGACGGCAAAGUCAGCUCAGCCAUUCGGAAGAAGGAAAGCAGGCUUAACUGGUUAGGCUCAUCCUAUUCGCAGUGUUAAUUGCUUACAAACAUGGGCGGUGGGUGUGCGGUGCAAUGUGGUCUGGUUGCUCGAUGUGUAUACCUCUAGUUCAUGCAUUUAAUGUUGAGCACACACCGUGACACUCUGCGGCUAAUGGCCGCAGAGUGUCACGGUGUACAGGCGGUUAUACGAAAGAGUGUCACGGUUAUACAGGCGGGAACACGAAAUGCGAGAAAUAAGUGUGUUUGGGUGCAGCAUAAAUAUGAUCCAUAGUUCCAAGGGCGCUGGACGUAUUCUCAUUAUAUCAGCGAUGUUUCCGCCCAGCGCGCGCGGUUUCAGGCGCGAGCCCUCUGAUGUGAAACACUAUCGAUUUACUGAGCCGGCGCGCCGCUCUGACCUUCGGGAAAUGGCGGGAAAGCGACUCCCAGGUCAAGGACAUACGAAGUUGUGUUCUCCGGCUACCGUGUGCAUGCAUUUACAAUAUGCGCACCGCCAAGGAUGCUUACUACGGAGAAACGCUUGCGUAUCCGUUGUUUAACUUUCGGUCGUGGCUUCCCUGUCCCACCUCUUUGCCUUUCGAAGAUGCAAUCCUUCCAGCUUGCGCAUCAAGUCGAGUUUUAAACUAGUCUGCAAAGAAGUGUUCCUUCCAGGUCGCUGUUCUGCCUUUCUGUAAUGGGAUAUUGACAUAGCCCGCUCUACCACUUCUGACCGAACUCGCGUAUAUUGUAUUUGUACUCUACUCACAAAACUCGUUAAUGUUAACCAACCCGCUUAAUGACAGCCCCAUACUGUCUUUACUCAGUCCAGUGAUUGAAUCGUCCACCUACCCUCUGUCUCUAUCGCCGCAUGUUGCGUGCCCUUCCAGAAAUCCCUGCCUUCGAAUCGAUCGCAUACCUAUUUACACUGAUCGAUACAUCCUACAAGCCAAACUGCCUAAGGUUAUCUGUGAUAUUGGGAGCGUAAAAUAAAGAUAUAAUGGGGUAGGACGUGAGAAGGAGUUCAGAACGUCAUAGAGCCUACGGCGUCAGCGUUUACACAUAUGCGAGUACAAACUGGAGUAGACUGGUGGAUGUCUUCAGGGACGACAGGAUCGUUUAGCGUGGUCGUGUGUCAUUACGAAGAUACAUCCAUGGAGAGAAAAAAAACGAAAUAAAUAAGGCGCCCUCAGGAAUAGGUACAGGUCAGGUACACCUGGUUAGUUAGCGAAGCAUUGCUACAAAGCCUCCUUUAGAGGAUAUAUUUUUCGUACAUAAACAGAUGUGGUUCUUGAAUGAGAAGCCUCAAGCACUUGUGUUAAGGAUGUCCUCUUUUGAGGUUCAAGAUACUAAAGGCGCCAGAGAA